AUGUACUCCAUCCCGUGGGUGGCGCUGCUGGCAGUGCCUCUCUUUCUCUUGGCAGUGAAGUACGUCUACAGACUUCUACUCAGUCCAUUAUCCUGCUUCCCAGGUCCUCGAUUUGCGGCUUGUUCCAAGCUCUUUGAAGCCUAUCACGUCCUCAUUAAAAACGACUGGCUCGAGACGCUCGAAGCGCUUCAUCAUGAACAUGGGUCUGUUGUCCGAAUCGGCCCAAACGAACUCCAUUUCUCCGAUCACCAGUUCUGCCUCCAACACCACAAGCGACCUGACUUGUACAAGUGCGACAACUACUAUGGCAUCCUGAGCUAUCUCCUCGGUGGAUUUGCCGACCCAGCCCACCAUAAAAGUCGGAAGGCCAUUCUUCAACCUUUGUUUGGUGGCCGAACACUUGCUGAUUUCUCCGAUUCGGGCAUGAGUGCUCACCUGGAUACAUUGGUAGAUCGACUUUCUGAAUCGAGCAACGACAUCGUCAACACAACCCAUACUCUUUGGGCUUUCACUACUGAUGUGAUGAUGAGCUAUGUCCUCGGCAUCGAUACUGGUUAUCUGAAGUCUCAGGACCUGAAAGUUGUACACGACUCUACUCGAGCUUUCAGUGCAAUCGACUUGGCUACGGUUCUGCGAUCGAUGCCUCCAGUCAAGAUGGUAUUCGACUGCGUCCCCUCACUGCGUUGCAUCUCUCCACUGGGCUGGAUCGACCAGGUAAUAGCUCCCUUCCCUUCCGAGCCCGGAUUGGCCCAUAUUUGGACCAUCGCUAACCUCAACCAGAAAAUCAGUAACAAUCUGAAACUCAUCAAGUCGAACUCCAUUCACGAGAAGGGUCAAAAGUCCGUGCUAGCCAUGCUUUGCCAGCAAUUGCCCGAAGAACGUGUCCUCAUUCACGAGCUUGCCCAAGCAGUGUUCAUUGGAAAUGAAUCCCUCUUGAGUAACUUGACUGUGCUUCUGCAUCACUUGAUCAAAAACCCCGAGUGUAUCAAUCGUAUACGGGCUGAGCUUGAUGAGCUUGACGUCGGCUUGUACGGCCACCGCAUUUGGCGGGACCCCAAGGUUAUUCGUCUCAAGUACCUCACAAGUCUCAGCUUCACGCUCAAGCUCUUGGAGCACGAUCCCACAUUGUACCCUGAGCCGCGCAAGUUCAAGCCAGAACGUUGGCUGGAGACUCCUGAUUCUGCGGCCAUGAAAAGAUCGUCCGUGACGUUUGGCACCGGCACUCGGACAUGUUUGGGACAGUUCAUCGCCCAUCAAGUCCUUCGGAGGACUGUGGCGGCGCUCGUCUACAAUUUCAGCAUGACUUUUGCUGACGAGCUGGCUGACGAGAUGGGAGGCUACACAUACCUGAACACUUACCCCAAGAAGGGCCACGAAGGUUACCUAAAGCUACAUUUUACCCCCAGAUUUAGCUCCUGA